AUGUCCGCCAGCCUCCGGCUUCCUGCCGCGAGUUGUCACCACUCGCACGCCGCUAAUCAACUCCACGUUCGUGAUUGCGGAAAGAAACCUUCGCGCCCCUCUAUUCGGCGCCAACGACUCCCGGCUUGUGUACGAGGAGACGGCGACGGACCCGCCCGCGUGGAGCACGUUCCUGACGACGGCGAACACCUACGCGCAGCGCAUAUACGCCGAGUCGACCUGGCAGUCCCGCCUCAGCCUCGCGGGACAGUUUAUCCGCUUUUGCCUGGAGUACGGGAAGCCCACCGACGAGCUGAGCGCCGUAGCGUUUUUGGGCGCUCGCGUCGACCUCAAACCGACGACGCUCGUCCAGUAUGCCCGCCAGUUGCGCGGCAUGCUGAGGGACCAGCGAACACCUCUCGACGUGGUGACUCUGGGGUUGACGCGCAUGGCAGCGCAGACCGAGCGCAAGCAGGCGAGACCGUUGGAGAAGGAGGAAUUCGAGCGCUUGUUCCAGGCGCUCCCGUCCUGGGAAGACCGCACCGUCUUCCGUCUUUGCUGGAUUACGGACAGCAGGUGGUCCGACAUUCGGACCUUGACGAAGGAGAGCUUCACCAUCAGGGACGAUGGGACAGUUCUCUUGGACUGGGCCGCCGGGCCCAAGUCCAGCCAGAUGGACCCGAAUCGAGCGUCGCGUUAUGUGUUGAUCAGCGGCGACGAUGCAGCGGCAAUCAUAGCAUUGCUGAAGGCCAUUCCGGGCCCCCAACUGACGGCCCUGACGACGGCAGAGGUGACGAAGCGCCUCAAGCCUCUGAGUGCGUCUGCGCACUCGAUCAAACGAGGGGCCGCACAGCACGCAGCGAGCCUGGUCGCGGAGCUGAAUCUGGACCCAUUUCUGGUACCCCGGCUGAUGAAGCAUGCAAACAUCUUCGACAUGCCGUCGACCUCCGUCAGCUAUCUGGGCCCGACAACGGCCUGGCUAACGGGGAUAUCGGAUUUGGUCUGGUUGAUGUGAGUCCGUGGCACCUGCCGGAGGUGCUACCUGAUUUUCGCUUGCUAGCGACGAUCACACGUCGCUCUCACAAGACAGCCGUGGCAGGGCCAGCCGAGGUGGCGGCUCUGCCCUUGCAACAAGUUGGGGUCUCGCCUUUGGACGUCGGUCCAUUGAGGGACAGAAUGCGUUAUCGCGUUCGGAAGCGCUUUGACGCCCUGAUGGCCUUGCUCUCGGAGGAGCCGCGCGACUCAAGACCGUCGCGAUGGACGGUGCCGAUGGACGACGCUACGCGCCCGCUGGAAGCGCGCAUCAUCGAGAAGGCACCCGAUGCGGAUACGCGUGGUUGGAUCCACCCCUUCUCGGUGGUGGAGGAGAAGCCCUCAGGCAAGCGCCGACGGUGGAUCGCCUGGCCGCGGGAGAAGAACGAGCAGGAUCUUCUCGAGACGCAGCUGGACGACUUACGACACACCAGCGAGUACAUGUCCAUCGUUCAUGGCGAGUGUGCCACCGUCAUGGAUCUCAAGGCCUCGUUCUUCCAGGUUUCGCUCCCCGAGCACACUCGCAGGAACUUCCGGUGCCAUUUGCAGGACGGCACUUUGGUUCAGUUGACCCGUCUGCCCAUGGGCUACAAAGCCAGUCCUGGGCUUCUGCAGAUCGUCACUUCGACGCUCGCCGCCCAUCCGCGCUACGUCAAACGUAGUUUGGCCGUCCCCACGGGUGUGAGUGUCGAUGUUUGGAUCGACAACAUUCGUUUGUCCGGGAAGAGGGCCGAAGUUGAAGUUGCUCAACAGCAGGUUCUGGUGUGUGCUGCGAACUGUGGCGCUGCUUUUGGCGAGGUCGAGAAGUGCGCCACCAAUUACGAGUUUUUGGGUGUCAACUUCUCACACGACACCAAUACGGUCAAGUUGGGGGCAAAGUUUCUGGGGAAAAUCGCGUCCGUAGCGGUACGAUCGCGGAUAACCGUCGCCGAGUUGGAGGUUCUUGCAUCUAAGCUUAUCUAUGCAGCGGCGGUACUGAACAUUCGUUUGGUUCAAUAUUACUUUCUCCUGAAAUUUGUUCGGCGCACGUUGUCAGCGCUGAAUAAGGGCCUCCUGGGCGCUUCGUCGGUGGUGGAGAUGUCCCCGUCUGUUUUCACGGAGGCUUCGGAGUUCCUCGCCAUCGUGCAGGAAAACCGGGCACGGAGUGUGGUUGCAUGCGUGCAGUCAGAGUGUCCGGUUCUGGUCACGGACGCCUCCCUCAGCGGAUGGGGGGCUGUCUUCAUAUCCCCGGCAGGACGCGUUUUCGUUGCAGGAGGUCGCUGGCACACACCCCCUGUUAUGAUCAUGGAGGCAGAGGCCCGCGCUGUUCGUUUGGCGCUCACAGCUUUCGCGGCUAAGAUUCACCGCCGCGUGCACAUCCAUGUCGACAAUACAUCUUUUCUGUUUUCGGCCCGAAAAGCUCACACAAAGUCGUGGGCGCUGGCUUCGGAGUUACGCGCCAUCUACGCGCUGGUGGACGCGCGUGGGUGGAUACCGUCCUUCGAGUACGUGCGCUCCGAGGAUAACCCCGCCGAUGGUUUAUCGCGUGGCCGCCCUUUUGAGAUACACGACUGGGCGAAGGGGCUUGACUUGCGAAGGGGAGCGGGGAAGCGUAAGGCGGGCUACCCACUUCGUAGAGUCUGUUGA